UUGACUUAUGACUCUUUUUGCCAUUUCAAAUAACAACUACAUAUCUUAUCUCAACCGUCACUCCUUUUUAAGAUAAUGUUUGCAUACAUGAAGAGGGCUGCACUGGUACAACUUGAGUGACACCACUUCGUAACCUGCAACUUUUUGUGCUCCUUCUUCAUCCACCACCAGCACCUUGGUCACCGAUUCCCCUCCUUCCAACUCCACCGCAAACCACCGUCACCAGCCCCUUCUUUUCCAUCUCUUCGCACCACUCUUCUGAUUUCUGCGUGUGUCUUUGUUUUCUGCACCCCAUGUGUUUGUAAAAUUGCCUCAAUGGCUCUCUCCCAUCUUCCCUGCCACCAUCGUCCUCUUCCUCGCACCCUAACCACAUUCCACUCAACACCACUCUCUUUCUCUUCAUUCUCACCCUUCAAAAUCUCAGUGGUUUCAGCUUCAGCUUCAGCUUCUACUUCCAGCACCCCCUCCACAAGUCCACACCACCCUCUACCUCCUGAUUUCUCACUUUCCCAACUCCUGGACCUCCUCCGCCGCCAAAAUGAUGAGUUUUCCACCCUCCAAAUCUUCCAAUGGGCCUCCAACCACCCCAAUUUCUCCCCCAACUCCUCCAUUUACCACCAAACCCUCCGCCAGCUCGCUGAACUCGGCUCCCUCGACUCCAUCCUCACCGUCCUCACACACAUGAACUCCUCCGCCUGCCCCCUCAGCACUGACACCUUCCUCAUCCUCAUCGAGAGCUUUGCCAAUUCUCGGUCACACGAGGAUAUUGACAGGGUGCUUCAUCUCAUGGAGCAUGAGUUUGGGCUCAAACCCGACAUCCGCUUCUACAAUGUUGCCCUCAACGCCUUCGUUGAUGGUAACAAGCUCAAGCUCGUGGAAACCCUGCAUUCGAGGAUGGUGGGUGGUGGCGUAGCUCCUGAUGUUUCCACCUUUAACGUUUUGAUCAAGGCUCUCUGUAAAGCGCAUCAAUUGAGGCCCGCAAUUUUGAUGCUUGAGGACAUGGCGAGUUAUGGGUUGAAGCCCGAUGAGAAGACAUUCACCACGCUGAUGCAGGGUUUCAUUGAGGAGGGUAAUGUUGAUGGCGCGUUGAGGGUUAAAGAGCAGAUGGUCGGGUCUGGGUGCUUGCUAACCCACGUUUCUGUGAACAUUUUGGUGAAUGGUUUUUGCAGAGAGGGUCGAGUUGAGGAAGCUCUGAGCUUCAUUCAGGAGGUUUCUGAAGAGGGGUUUUGCCCUAAUCAGGUUACAUUCAAUGCUCUGGUGAAUGGGUUGUGCAGAACUGGGCAUAUCAAGCAGGCUUUGGAAAUGAUGGAUGUUAUGCUUGAGAAGGGGUUUGAUCCUGAUAUAUACACUUACAAUUCCUUGAUCUCUGGGUUGUGUAGAUUGGGUGAGGUUGAUGAGGCUGUUGAUAUUCUGCAGCAGAUGAUUUUGAGAGAUUGUUCCCCGAACACCGUGACUUACAACACUUUGAUCAGCACCUUGUGCAAGGAGAAUCAAAUUGAAGCUGCUACUGAACUUGCCAAUGUUCUCUCGAGUAAAGGGAUAUUCCCUGAUGCUUGUACUUUCAAUACUUUGAUACAAGGUCUCUGCUCGACCAAGAACCGAGAGGCUGCGAUGGAGCUGUUCGAGGAGAUGAGGAAGAAAGGGUGUCAACCUGAUGAGUUUACGUACAGUAUAUUGAUUGGCAGCCUCUGUUCUGAGAGGAGACUUGAGGAAGCAUUGAAGCUGUUGAAAGAUAUGGAGUUGAGUGGCUGUGCUAGGAAUGUGGUGGUGUACAAUACUUUGAUUGAUGGUUUGUGCAAAAACAAAAGGAUUGUAGAAGCAGAGGAGAUCUUUGAUCAGAUGGAAUUUCUGGGGGUGUCAAAAAGUUCAGUAACCUACAACACUCUUAUUGAUGGCCUUUGUAAGAACAAGAGAGUGGGGGAAGCUGCUCAACUUAUGGAUCAGAUGAUAAUGGAAGGAUUAAAACCUGAUAAGUUCACUUAUAAUUCCAUGCUUACAUACUACUGCCAAAGUGGAGAUAUAGAGAAGGCAGCUGACAUUGUGCAAACUAUGACUUCAAAUGGUUGUGAACCCGACAUUGUUACCUAUGGAACCCUUAUUGGGGGACUAUGUAAGGCUGGUAGACUAGAUGUUGCAAGUAAGCUUCUCAGAUCUAUUCAGAUGAAAGGUAUGGUUUUGACUCCUCAUGCUUAUAACCCUGUGCUUAAAGUACUCUUUAGAAGAAAGAGAAUAAAAGAAGCUAUGAGGCUGUUCAGAGAAAUGAUGGAAAAGGCUGAAUCUCCUGAUGCUGUAACUUACAAGAUUGUUUUCCGUGGCCUCUGUAAUGGUGGAGGGCCGAUACAAGAGGCUGUUGAUUUUACAGUUGAGAUGCUGGAGAAAGGAAUAUUGCCAGAUUUCCCAUCAUUUGGUUUCUUGGCCGAGGGUCUUUGUUCUUUAGCCAUGGGGGACACCCUUAUUGAACUCGUCAACAUGGUGAUGGAGAAAGCAAAAUUCUCAGAAAUGGAAACUUCUAUGAUCAGAGGCUUCCUUAAGAUCAAUAAAUUUAAAGAUGCAUUGGCCAAUCUUAGUGUUAUCUUGGAUAGGCAAAAAUCUAGAAGAUAUUGAGUAGUGAAAGGUUUUUAGUAACUUCACUCUGGUGAUGCUUUAAAGAGUGUAAUGAGAAAGCACCUCAUUGUGUAAAGGUGCUGAAGACUGUGGGGGAGUUCAAAACCAGGACUCAAAGCUUAUUACAGGCUUGGGAGUCAAUACAUUUCAGCACUGAUGGCUUUCUUCUGGCUGACCUCAUUGAUGAGUAACUUUUCUUCAGCCUUGUCAUUUCCAGUUUCAAGGGGGAAAAAGUGAACAUAUAACUUAUUGCUGGCACUCAUGAAUGUUUCGUAUUGCUGGCAUUCUAAAACCCUAUGUUAACAUUGUUAAAUCUGGAUAAACCACAGAUCAAAGGUAUUGAUGUUAGUUUUGAUGAAUAUUUUGUAUGAUGUUUUUGUAAUUUACAUUCUCUUCGAUAAGUAUGUACUAUGUAGGUUGAAUAUUCUAAUAGAAAGGCAAUGUUAUUAUGUAUAAAAAAGAAGCUGUGUUCGCAUAAGAAACAUUAUACCAAACACAGCUGCAAUAAGUCACAUGGUUUGUUGCAUUCUUGAGAGUCCAGACACAGCUGUAAUCAUAGUAAGCUGUGUUUCCAGAAAAAGAAAAGACUGUGUUUGGUCUCUCAAGUAUGCAACAGCUUUUAGAAUUUAUAUUCA